AUGGAAAAUGAUAAUUUACAGUCUCUUUCAUCAGUUCAGUCAUUCGAUAAACUACAAGCUAACCAAUCUGAAAGUCCAGAAUUAGAGUAUAUAUAUACGAGUAAAGAAAGCAACAAUGAAUUAUCUGAAAAACCAAUGAAUAAAAAAACAAAAUUGGGCCAUAGAGGUGGAUCAAAAAAAAUGAAGUUGGGAUUGAUGGAAAAGUUAGGCUGCUCUACAAACUAUCCAAACAAAUCAAUUUAUAUAAAUUUUGAAAUAACUGACUUAGUAUUCGAUGAUAAUGUUGGAUUUGUUGUUGCACAGAAAAAGGAAGAAGAUGGCUCUAAAGAACGAAAAAUUAAAAUCAAUUCACCUAUUAAUAUUACUAAUAUGCAACACAAAAUUAAGAAUACAUUAUAUGAUGUACUUUUACACUAUUGGGAUUUGUCAAAUAAUGAAUUAUUCCUUGCAUACCUUCUGGAUCUGAG